AUGGCGCGCUUGUCACAGAGCGACACAGAUGACGACUUUGAUCUGGAUGAGUACGAGAUCAUCAACUCUGAGGACGAACUGCCAACUCAGAUCGACAAUACUCCCGCCUCGACUCCCCCUUCCUCUGUACUCCCACCAUGUCGCCAGAAGACGUUGAAGUGCCCCUAUGAUGGCUGCGACAAGGCCUUCAACCGUCAAGCAAGACUCUCCGAGCACAUUCGAUCUCAUACCAAUACCCGUCCUUUCACCUGUCCGCAUCCGCCGUGUACCAAAGCGUUCCUCCGUGCCAGCCACCUGAAACAUCACGUUAAAAGCGCACACACCGAUGUUAGGGACUACAAAUGCACAUGGCCUGGUUGUGAUGCGAGUUUUGCAACGGGUACAAGACUGCGACGCCAUGUCCAAGCACAUGAGGUCAAAGAGAAGUUCACAUGCCGUGGCUAUCCUGGCUGCAAUCAGACUUUCCGCAAACAAGAAACUCUGGACCGUCACAUCUUGUCGGCUCACCAAAACAUCAAACCUUUCCAAUGCACCGAGUUGGACAACACGACAGGCCUUCCAUGUACCAAAGCCUACGACACUGCCGAAAACCUGCGUACCCACCAGCGAGCCAAGCAUGAUCCCACGAGGUUCUCUUGCUCUGACUGCAUUGCGAAGAAUGCCUCCAUUCUUGCAAAUGCGCAAGACGACGGUCCACAAGAGUUGGAAAAGACCUUUUUCGCAACCUAUGGCGAGUUCCAAGCUCACGUCGCCGAGAAACACCCACCGACGUGUUCAUUCUGUCCCACCUCCUUCGGCUCCAACAAAGAGUUGACUCGACAUUUGGAGAUCCAACAUGGCAUUCUCUCCAACAAGGCUUCGGAAUCUGCAUCUGUCUUUCCCUGCACUUAUUCUGGCUGCAACAAGAAAUUCACCAAGAAGGGUAAUUUGAAUGUGCACGUCAAGACAGUCCAUGAAAACCAUCGCGACUUUGUAUGUGGCCAGACCGAGAUUGCCCUCCCAGAGGAGUUUGCCAACCAGGAGGAUGUUGUCGUCUACGGUUGCGGCCGCAGCUUUACAAGCAAAGCCAGCCUGGAGGAGCAUGUUCGUACUGCACAUCUGGGACUUGAAUCUAAGCGGGCCCUUCGUGAGAAGAAGCGCAAGGUCGAGCAAGACAUUGAUGAGUAUGAAGCCGUUGGACUCCCUUUCGCCGCUCAAGCGUUUAAGAAACGCAAGACUCGCUCAGAUAAGGGUACCAAGAAAUUAUCAGUCAUGGCAAGUCUUACUGGAGUGUCAGUGAACGACAUAGUCAACAAGGAGGGCACCAUCAAGCAAGCAGGAGAACCACAAGAUGACUCUGACAAUGAGAUGGACGAUGACGAGAACGAUAACCUUCUGUCUGGAGACAUGGCCCUGUAUGGCAGUCAACUCUGGCAUCAGGGCAACCCCUACCAUUACCCAUCUGGCGAAUACCCAACUCUCCCUGGCGUACCAGCUCCUGAGCCAGUCAAAUCUCGCGACAAGGAGGCAGCAACGGAAGCGGUUACAGACUUCCAUGGCAGUGACUUUGGUUCCAGUAACUGCACUCCACACGGCAUCAUGGACUAUCAAGUCGACGACGAUUUUUUCGGUCAGUUCGAAGAGGACCAGCCGGGCUUUGCCUAUCCGCCACCACAGACUCUUCAGUGA